CGAAAGUGGAAGUGGCGCCAUUUUAAAGGCAGAGUCGCCAUUUUAGUAAAAAGAAGAGACGUGAAUAUGAUUCUGGAAUAAUAUAAAGAUAUUCUGUGUUUUAAGAGACCCCAGCAGGAAUCAUCUGGUCUGGAUCAGUACAAAAAUGGAGAAGGAGAGAAGAAAAAGAAGAGCUUCUUCUGAAAUACGCCCCCCUGUGGGGUGUAAGAGAAGGAGCCCUGAGAGUGUCCUGAUGAAGAGAGCAGACUCCCCUGUACCCAGCUGUGUUUCCAUGAAGAGUGACAGGUCAAUGGAGCACCCAACCACCUUCAAAGAGGGACCUUUUCCUACAGAUCAAAGUGUCCUGAUGAAGAGAGCAGACUCCCCUGUACCCAGCUGUGUUUCCCUGAAGAGUGACGCUUCAAUGGACCCCCCAAAGAACUUCAGAGAGGAACCUUUUCCUACAGAUCAAAGAGACCAAAUGGAAGAAUGCAGUUCAGAUGUACAUGAUAAAUCGGGUUUAUCAUCCAUACUGAAGUUCCCCAAGGAUGAGCUGAAGAAUUGUGUGAGUUACCUAGAUCAGAAUUACCCAGAAUGCUCUGAGCCUCAGCUGGAGGAGGACAAUGAUCCGAACACACUGUACAUCCUGAGGACCAUGGAGCAAAAUGAUCUCGCUGACGUGCCGGAGAAGAGAGAGUUCAUGCUGCAAUAUCAGCAGGAAAUCAAACGUAAACUUAAGAAGCAGUUUGAGUGUGUAUUUGAAGGGAAAGCUAAGGGAGGACAGCCAACACUUCUCAGUGAGAUUUACACAGAACUCUACAUAACUGAAGGUGUGACUGGAGGAGUCAAUGAUGAACAUGAAGUGAGACAGAUUGAAACAGCAUCCAAGAAAAGGCGAACAGAAGAUACUACAGUCAAGUGCAAUGAUAUAUUUAAACCCUUAUGUGAGCGUGAGACACCUAUCAGAACUGUACUCACUAAAGGGGUGGCAGGUAUCGGGAAAACAGUCUCUGUACAGAAAUUUAUUCUCGACUGGGCAGAAGGAAAAGCAAACCAGGAUGUUCACUUCAUAUUUGCUCUUCCUUUCCGGAACCUGAAUUUGAUUAAGGAUGAAUACAGUCUGAUUGAACUGCUUCACCGCUUUGUCCCGGAACUGAAAUCAUUUCAAUCCACUGAGCUGUUUAGGUACAAAGUCUUGUUCAUCUUUGAUGGUCUGGAUGAGUGUCGCCUUCCUCUAGAUUUUCAGAACAAUGAGAGCUGGUUUGAUGUAACAAAGAAAACGUCACUGGAUGUGCUGUUGACUAACCUCAUUAAGCGGAAUCUGCUUCCAUCCGCUCUCCUCUGGAUAACCUCCCGGCCGGCAGCAGCCAAUCAGAUACCUCCUGAGUGUGUCCACCGGGUGACAGAGAUACGAGGGUUCAGUGAUGCCCAGAAGGAGGAGUAUUUCAGGAGGAGAUUCAGUGAUCAGAGCCUGGCCAGCAGGAUUAUCACACAUGUGAAAUCAUCAAGGAGCCUCUUCAUCAUGUGCCACAUACCUGUGUUCUGCUGGAUUUCAGCCACUGUGCUUAAGAGGCUUUUUAGUGAGACUGACAGGGGAGAAAUUCCAAGGACUCUCACUGAAAUGUACACACACUUCCUGAUCUAUCAGUCAUGUUUAAAAAAUGACAAGUAUAUGAAAAACUAUGAAACCAAACUUAAGGAAUACAGCAAGGAAUUCCUUUUGAAACUUGGUAAACUGGCUUUUGACAACCUUGAGAAAGGCAAUCUCAUAUUUUAUGAGCAAGAUCUGACAAAGAAUGGCAUUGAUGUCACUGAAGCUUCAGUUUACUCUGGAGUGUGCACAGAAGUCUUUAAAGAGGAAUAUGGGCUGUAUGAGGAGAAGGUGUACUGCUUUGUGCAUCUGAGCAUCCAGGAGUAUCUCGCUGCUUUAUACGUGUUUCUGUCAAACUCAUCAGCUAAACUGCUGAAGACUGCAGUGGAUCAGGCAUUAGAGAGCAAGAAUGGACACUUGGACCUCUACCUCCGCUUCCUCCUGGGCCUCUCAACAGACUCCAGUAAGACUCUAUUACAAAAACUACUGGGACAGACAGUAACCAGCUCACAUAAUAUUACAGAAACAGCCAAAUACAUCAAGAAGAAAAUACAGAGGAAAUUAUCUCCAGAAAGGACCAUCAACCUGUUCCACUGUUUGUCUGAGCUGGGUGACAACUCUCUAGUAGAGGAAGUACAAAGAUACCUGAAUUCAGGAAGCCUUUCAGCAGAAGACCUCUCACCUGCACAGUACUCAGCUCUGGCCUUUGUGAUGCUGAUGUCAGAUGAGGAGCUGGAUGUGUUUGAUCCGAAGAAAUUCAUCAGAUCAGAUAAAGAGCACUGGAGGCUGCUGCCUGUGGUCAAGAACUCCAGGACGGCUCUGCUGAACAGCUGCGGGCUCACAAAUGAACACUGUGAAAUGCUGACUUCAGCUCUAAGAUCAAACACCUCACCCCUGAGAGAGCUGGACCUGAGUGACAAUGACCUAAAGAAUAAAGGAGUGACGCUGCUCUCUACUGGACUAGGGGAUUCACAGUGUAAACUGGGGUUACUGAGGCUGUCGAGCUGUAGAGUCAGAAAAGAAGGCUGUUCUUCCCUGGCUUCAGCUCUGAGGUCAAACCCCUCACACCUGAGAGAGCUGGACCUGAGUGACAAUGACCUGCAUGAUUCAGGAGUGAAGCUGCUCUCUGCUGUACUGGGGGAUUCACACUGUAAACUGGUGAUACUGAGUCUGUCAGGCUGUAGAGUCAAAGAAGAAGGCUGUUCUUCCCUGGCUUCAGCUCUGAGGUCAAACCCCUCACACCUGAGAGAGCUGGAUUUGAGCUACAAUCACCCAGGAGACUCAGGAGUGAAGCUGCUCUCUGCUGUACUGGAGGAUCCCAGCUGUAAACUGGAGAAGCUGAAGAUGAGCCGGUGUGAACUCACAGAGAAAUGCUGUGAGGCGCUGGCUUCAGCUCUCAGAUCAAACUCCUCACCCCUGAGAGAGCUGGACCUGAGUAACAAUGACCUGGAGGAUUCAGGAGUGAAGCUGCUGUCUGUUGGGUUGGGGGAUUCACACUGUAAACUGGAGAUACUGAGGCUGUCAGGCUGUAGAGUCACAGAAGAAGGCUGUUCUUCCCUGGCUUCAGCUCUGAGGCCAAACUCCUCACACCUGAGAGAGCUGGACCUGAGCGACAAUGACCUGCAGGAUUCAGGAGUGAAGCUGCUCUCUGCUGGACUGGGGGAUCCCAGCUGUAAACUGGAGAAGCUGCAGCUGUCAGGCUGUAGAGUCACAGAAGAAGGCUGUUCUUCCCUGGCUUCAGCUCUGAGGUCAAACCCCUCACACCUGAGAGAGCUGGACCUGAGCUACAAUCACCCAGGAGACUCAGGAGUGAAGCUGCUCUCUGCUGUACUGGAGGAUCCCAGCUGUAAACUGGAGAAGCUGAAGGUGGACCGUUGUAAACUCACAGAGAAAUGCUGUGAGGCGCUGGCUUCAGCUUUAAGAUCAAACUCCUCACCCCUGAGAGAGCUGGACCUGAGUGACAAUGACCUGCAGGAUUCAGGAGUGAAGCUGCUCUCUGCUGGACUGGGGGAUUCACACUGUAAACUGGAGAUACUGAGGCUGUCAGGCUGUAGAGUCACAGAAGAAGGCUGUUCUUCCCUGGCUUUAGCUCUGAGGUCAAACCCCUCACACCUGAGAGAGCUGGACCUGAGCUACAAUCACCCAGGAGACUCAGGAGUGAAGCUGCUCUCUGCUGUACUGGAGGAUCCCAGCUGUAAACUGGAGAAGCUGAAGGUGAACCGGUGUGAACUCACAGAGAAAUGCUGUGAGGUACUGAUUUCAGCUUUAAGAUCAAACUCCUCACCCCUGAGAGAGCUGGACCUGAGUGACAAUGACCUGCAGGAUUCAGGAGUGAAGCUGCUCUCUGCUGGACUGGGGGAUUCACACUGUAACCUGGAGAUACUUAGGCUGGCAGGCUGUAGAGUCACAGAAGAAGGCUGUUCUUCCCUGGCUUCAGCUCUGAGGUCAAACCCCUCACACCUGAGAGAGCUGGAUCUGAGCUACAAUCACCCAGGAGACUCAGGAGUGAAGCUGCUCUCUGCUGUACUGGAGGAUCCCAGCUGUAAACUGGAGAAGCUGAAGGUGGACCGUUGUAAACUCACAGAGAGAUGCUGUGAGGCGCUGGCUUUAGCUUUAAGAUCAAACUCCUCACCCCUAAGAGAGAUGGACCUGAGUGACAAUGACCUGCAGGAUUCAGGAGUGAAGCUGCUCUCUGCUGGACUGGGGGAUUCACACUGUAAACUGGAGAUACUGAGGCUGUCAGGCUGUAGAGUCACAGAAGAAGGCUGUUCUUCCCUGGCUUCAGCUCUGAGGUCAAACCCCUCACACCUGAGAGAGCUGGAUCUGAGCUACAAUCACCCAGGAGACUCAGGAGUGAAGCUGCUCUCUGCUGUACUGGAGGAUCCCAGCUGUAAACUGGAGAAGCUGAAGGUGAACCGGUGUGAACUCACAGAGAAAUGCUGUGAGGUACUGAUUUCAGCUUUAAGAUCAAACUCCUCACCCCUGAGAGAGCUGGACUUGAGUGACAAUGACCUGCAGGAUUCAGGAGUGAAGCUGCUCUCUGCUGGACUGGGGGAUUCACACUGUAACCUGGAGAUACUGAGGCUGUCAGGCUGUAGAGUCACAGAAGAAGGCUGUUCUUCCCUGGCUUUAGCUCUGAGGUCAAACCCCUCACACCUGAGAGAGCUGGAUCUGAGCUACAAUCACCCAGGAGACUCAGGAGUGAAGCUGCUCUCUGCUGUACUGGAGGAUCCCAGCUGUAAACUGGAGAAGCUGAAGAUGAGCCGGUGUGAACUCACAGAGAAAUGCUGUGAGGCGCUGGCUUCAGCUCUCAGGUCAAACUCCUCACCCCUGAGAGAGCUGGACCUGAGUGACAAUGACCUGCAGGAUUCAGGAGUGAAGCUGCUCUCUGCUGGACUGGGGGAUUCACACUGUAAACUGGAGAUACUGAGGCUGUCAGGCUGUAGAGUCACAGAAGAAGGCUGUUCUUCCCUGGCUUCAGCUCUGAGGUCAAACCCCUCACACCUGAGAGAGCUGGAGUUGAGCUACAAUCACCUUGGAGACUCAGUAGUGAAGCUGCUCUCUACUGUACUGGAAGAUCCCAGCUGUAAACUGGAGAAGCUGAGGGUGGGCCAGUGUGAUCUCACAGAGAAAUGCUGUGAGGCGCUGGCUUCAGUUCUCAGAUCAAACUCCUCACCCCUGAUAGAGCUGGACCUGAGUGACAAUGACCUGCAGGAUUCAGGAGUGAAGCUGCUCUCUGCUGGACUGUGGGAUUCACACUGUAAACUGGAGAUAUUGAGGCUGUCAGGCUGUAGAGUCACAGAAGAAGGCUGUUCUUCCCUGGCUUCUGCUCUGAGGUCAAACCCCUCACACCUGAGAGAGCUGGAUCUGAGCUACAAUCACCCAGGAGACUCAGGAGUGAAGCUGCUCUCUGCUGUACUGGAGGAUCCCAGCUGUAAACUGGAGAAGCUGAAUGUGGAUCACGGUGGAGAGUGCAGGACCAGACCAGGCUUACAGAGAUACUCCUGCCAGCUGACGCUGGACCCCAACACAGCAAACAGACGCCUGUCUCUGUCAGGGGGGAACAGGAAGGUGACAUGGGGGGCAGAGCAGCCAUAUCCUGAUCAUCCAGAGAGAUUUGACUUCUGCCCCCAAGUUCUGUGCAGAGAGAGUCUGACUGGCCGCUGUUACUGGGAGGCUGAGUGGGAUGGAGGUGGAGCUGAUAUAGGAGUGACUUAUAAAGGAAUCUGGAGGAAAGGAGAGUGGGAAAGUGUGCUUGGAUACAAGGACAAGUCAUGGAGUUUGUGUUGUUAUACUGACAGUUACUCUGUCUGUCACAAUGAUAAACAGACUCUCAUUUCCAUAUGGCCCUCAGGCUCCCGCAGAGUAGGAGUGUAUCUGGACUGGGGGGCUGGUGCUCUGUCCUUCUACAGAGUCUCCUCUGAUGGACUGACCCUCCUACACAGAUUCACCUCCUCAUUUACUGAGUCCCUCUAUCCUGGGUUUCGGGUUUAUAAAAACUCCUCGGUGUCACUGUGAUGUGUUGCUGGUUCUCCUGGCAAAAAGAUAAAAUCUCUGCUUUUUAACCUUUUUAUAAUCCUUUUUACUAUGAAAUGUAUGUUUGACAAAAUGAGUUGAAUAAAUAUGCAAUAUAACAGUU